CAAAAACACCAAUCAACAACACUUCUCUCUCUUUUCUUUUUCACUUUGUUUUUUUUUGUUUUGGAAUUUUCCGGUCAAAAACAAAGUUUUUUAUCAUAUUUAUAUAUUGGUAACAGAGAGACUCCUCAUUUGUUGGUAAAUGGAGAAUCAUCACCAACCUCUCAUCAGCCCUCAAUCACGUUUCCGUCUCGAACCCAUCCCGGAGAACCCUGACUCCACCGCCGUCACAAUCCCUCGCUCUAUCUCCAACACUUCCUUCUUCCACGAGAUUUCUCAUCUUCAUCUCGAAGAAUCCGUACAAGACGACGACGACGACGACGACGAAGAAGAAGAAGAUCCGUAUUUCACAAACCCACGACCACUUCACAGAUGUCGUACAGCUCCAGCUAUGGUAAUCAUCAAAGACUUAAGACCCAAAACCCAAGAAACGAAAAAGCCAACACCAAUCUCGAAAUCCAUAAUCAAACAAGCCUUCUUCUUGCUUAUCAUCUACUUAACCUUAGGGGUUUCAAUCUACUCCUUCAACAGAGACCAUUACUCCGGUAUCGAAACCCACCCCGUCGUCGACGCUCUCUACUUCUGUAUCGUCACUAUGUGCACCAUCGGCUACGGUGACAUCGCUCCGUUGACUCCCUGGACCAAGAUCUUCGCCGUUGUUUUCGUUCUCUUCGGAUUCGGGUUCUUGGAUAUACUCCUCAGCGGCGUUGUUAACUACGUCUUGGAUCUUCAGGAGAGUAUGAUCCUCACCGGGAUCCAGACGAACCAGCACCACCACCACCACAGGUUCUCAGCUAAAGAUUACAUCAUUGAUUUCGAGAAAGGGAGGAUGAGGAUAAGGAUGAAGGUUGGUUUAGCGCUAUGCGUCGUCGUUUUGUGUAUUGGAGUUGGUGCCUUGGUUUUGCAUUUCGUUGAGGAUUUGGAUUUCGUUGAUUCGGUUUACUUGUCGGUUAUGUCGGUAACCACCGUUGGUUACGGUGAUCGGGCUUUUAAGACGCUUCAAGGGAGGCUUUUCGCGGCGGUUUGGCUUCUUGUCUCCACUCUCGCGGUGGCGCGUGCGUUUUUGUAUCUUGCCGAGGCGAGGAUCGAUCGGCGGCAUAGGAAAGCUGUUAAAUUGGCUUUGAAUAGAGAAAUCACUGUUGAGGAUUUGCUCUCUGCUGAUACUUAUCAACAUGGUUUCAUCAGUAAAUCAGAGUAUAUAGUGUUGAAGCUUAAGGAGAUGGGGAAGAUCACUGAUAAAGAUAUAAACCAAGUUGUGAUUCAGUUCGAUAAGCUUGAUCCCAAUAAUUUGGGGAAAAUCACAUUGCCUGAUCUUUUGGGGGGUCCUUUGUGACAAAAGAACAUUCUCUGUCUCUACCUUUUUUAGUCUUUCCUUUGUACAAUUAUCUUUGAUUUUUUUUUUCCACAUUUUUAAGAAAAAUAAUUGAAUAUAUUUAGCAUAAAAAUGAUUCAUACAGUGAAUUAUCUCCCAAUUUAUAAGAGAUAAUAUGUAUAUGUUUUUUUUCCUUUUCUUUGGCUAUGUAUAAAAACCAUUGUCCAAAGAUAUUCGAACAAA